CGCGUUACCGUGGGCUGUCUGCCCGCUUACCACAUCGUUCGAUGCGUUUUUUUUCUACGACGUUAUGCUCUCCUUUGAAAAAAUAAGAGCGGAGUGUUUAUUCCCGUUGGUGAUGUAUUAACUCAGUCUUACGGAGAACCCCGCCAGUGCGCUCCUUCGAGAGACUGAUGGACGCGUUUGGUGUCUGUUUAGUGUUAGUGGGGGAAAGUUCGGUGAUAGCAGCAACCUGAUUUACACCGAGCUCGACUCCACACAGCCCCGCUCGCGCUAGCGCACACGCGUUACGCGCCGCCGGGGAGGAGAGCGCGCAGGGAGGUCUCAGUAGUAACCACAGUACAGUGGUCUCGGCGGAGUUUUGGAUCACCGCGCAGGGGCUUUAGGUAGCGGGGACGCGUUUGCUCACAUCCACACACACGCCGAAACAACGGGGUCUUUCCGACGGAUUAUUUCGGAAGCGAGAAACUCUUGAAACGGAUCCACGUAAAAAAAAAAAAAGCGCAUUGAGAAACGAUCGAAAGCACGAGCUCGGGGGUAUAACGGAACGAGCCAACGCCAGUAAACCUUCAGCGGCAUUACAGACAUACUGGAUAUACUACGGAGGACAUUUAGACAAUAAAUUCUACGUAAUCAAGUCGACAUCUAUCGCGGACAUAAGUUGGUCCGCCGUGGUCUCCGCAAGCUGCAUGACGGGCGCGUUGAUGAAUAACUGGACUGAGCAAUGGGACCUUUAGCGCCCGUAGGCGCGAGCCUCCGCGGAUUUCACGUUUAAGGGCACGACGGGUUGACGCGAGACCCGCCGAGUCGCCGGUUCCGACCGCUGCAUUGCCUUUUCCUCACUCUCUCCGAUGGAAGUUUUUAACCGGGCUGAAGCAAACAUGUUGCGUCUCUACGCGCUGCAUUCUGUAGUGAUCCUCCUCGGAGUGACAGACAGCCAAAUCCCGGACAGCCCACAGCGGUACCCCUCCUCUGCCUACCUGCCCGUCAGCUUUCAGCUCCUCCACGCCGACUCGUCCUUCUUCCUCAAGGAGGCCACGCAAGAGUUCAUGCGGAACUCCAGCCUGCUGUCGCGGACCGAGGCGUUCUUCAUCCACCAGGCCAGGCAGCCGCCGGCUCUCAGCGCCACCUACGGGAGGCUGAGGGCGGAGCAGCCUGUCCCCCUGGACCUCCUCCAGACUCCAGGCUCCUAUGUGGCCUCCUCCACACUCUUCACCUUCAACUGGAAGCUGCAGACCUUCGUUCUGGGCGAGCGGCUGUACCUGGACAGGCCGACGGUGCGUGUGCUCUUCUACGUCGGAGGCAGGGACUGGGACGACUACAGCGCUGUGGACAAGCUUCCUUGCGUGCAGAUGUUCGCCUUCCACGAGACGCAGGAGGUGCGCGGGAGCUGCCGCCUGCGCGGCGAGCUGGGCGUCUGCGUGGCUGAGCUGGAGCCACCACACAGCUGGUUCGCCGCCCCCAGCGUGGUUCCCGGACGGCAGAGGGGCACCGAUGCAUCGGAGGGAACCUCCGUGGAGCUGUACUACUCCCUCCGCUCGGCCGAGGCCGGCGACUGCCCCGGAGAGGACGCCGGGACGAGGAAUUCCGCCCGGCUGGGACACGAGGGUGCCUUCGGGUCCGCCAUGUCCACGCCCAUGAGGCGGAUCGGAAGCGUGAGGCUGUUCCGCACCCUGGCUGUCCCGGAGUUGUCGGAACACCGACUGGAUGGGAAUUUUGCCGUGCUGGUGCCAUCGGCGCCCGUCCGGCCCAGAGACAGCGUCUCCGCGUACGUGGCCGCCUCCCCCUUCUCUCCGGUGGAGAUGUUUACGCUGAGGGUGAAGCUCCAAGACGGUGUUGCAUUUCUGGGGGCGAGACCCUGCAACCCCACACUGUGGAUGGUCAGCCAGGAUGUCAGGUCUGAAGGUCACAGGGUCGUGACCCUGCACUGCCGAAGGAAGGAGUCAAGCUAUGGACAGAGGGUGGAGCCUGUUUGGCAAAGGGUGGUGCAGGUGGAUCUGGAGAUGGAUGUUAGCGUGGACACGACGGGCAGUGGGUCGAUCUCCUGGAUGGUGGAGUAUCCAGGGAUCCGAGUGGGCUCUGAGGAGACAGAGACGCAUGUCCUCAUAGUGCAGAGAGAACUUGCUGGAGUGGUCCCCCUCGCUAUGGACACUGAGAUCCUCAACACGGCCGUGCUAAAUGGACGAACUGUGGCUGUGCCCGUAAAAGUCGUCACGGUGACAACUGACGGGGCGAUCACCGAUGUAUCUGACAUGGUGCAGUGCCGCAGUACGGACGAGGACGUGGUCAAGGUGUCAGACAGGUGUGACUACGUCUACGUGAAUGGGAAGGAGAUGAGGGGUCAUGUGCACAUGCUCGUCAACUUCACCUACAGCUAUGUGACAGCUCAGCUAGAGCUGCAGGUGUGGAUUCCACGACUGCCCUUGCAGAUCGACGUGUCCGACACAGAGCUGAGCCAGAUCAAGGGAUGGAGGGUCCCUGCUGCACCCAACGCCCAGAGAUCCGCACGGGACAGUGAGGAUGAGGAUGAUGAAGAGCGCAGGGGGCGGAGCUGUACCCUGCAGUACCAGAGGGCCACUGUGCGGGUGCUUACACAUUUUGUUGCCGAGUCAGCUGAUGUCCGAGGUCAGCUGACUUACAUGCUGGGCUCUGAUUGGCAGCUGGAUAUCACUGGGUUGGUCUGGGACUUCCUGAAAGUAGAGAAUACACGAAUCGCUCGGUUACAAGAAGGCCGUCUGAUAGAGGGACUGGACACAGGCAUGACCAGUGUUCAGGUCCUGUCUCCUCUGUCGGACUCCAUCCUGGCGGAGAAGUCUGUGCGGGUGCUGGAGGAGCGUGUGAGCGUCACAGAGCUCGGCCUCCAGCUGGUCAGCGGACUCACACUCACCCUGCAGCUCAGCACAGGCAGCAACCGAGCUGUCAGCGCCACGGCAACCACACAGGAAGUGCUCGACACCCCGAAACAGGAGGCGCUGAUCAGUGCUUGGCUGCAGUUCAGUGAUGGCUCGAUGGCGCCCCUGGACCAGUACAGCUCCGAGCACUUUGUGCUGACGGCGCUCUCUCUGGACGAGGCGGUGGUGUCCGUGCGGCAGGAUGUGGCGGGGCGCUGGCCGGUGGUCUCGGCGGAGGCGGAGGGCCGGGGCCUGCUUGUUCGGGUGGAGAUGAGCGUUUGCGAAGCCUGUCAGAAGUUCAAACGCCGCAGCGUUCUGGCCGCCGGGAAUUGCAACGUUCUCGUGAAGUUUGGCCGCGGCGAGGGCGGCUCCCGGCCCACGGGCCAUGACUACACGGACGAACUGGAGAACCGCGGAGGGGAGCGCCAUCGGAACCCGGAACUCCCGGACAGAACCGGCAUGGACGGACACUACUUCGGAAGCUCCGUCUCCGAUACGGAAGACGGAGCGAUGAGGCGAAUCACUACCACGACCAAAACGACCAUCCUGAGGAGACCCGGUGGAAAUAAGCUCUCGGACGCCGGCCGUCAGGUGCCAAACGUUCCCGUCGACUUCUCCGAUUUUCCAGCUCAGGUGGACCUCCCGCGAGGCCGCAACGUGUAUGAGGACGACCUAGUACAGAGUCCGCGCAGCCUCUCGGACCUCGAGAUUGGCAUGUACGCCUUGCUCGGGGUCUUCUGCUUGGCCAUCCUGGUUUUCCUCAUUAACUGUAUCUCCUACACUCUCAAGUACCGCCACAAGGAGCUGUCAGUGGAGGGGCAAGAGAGCAUGAAUCACGCACACGAUUGGGUGUGGCUCGGGAAUGAGGCGGAGCUUCUGGAGAGCCACGUGAGCCUGUCUCCUCAGACAGAGGAGCGCCUGACCAUCAUGGACUCCAGCAUAGGAGGUCUGGAAGAAGGAAGCCAGCUCCUGAACGGCGGCUCUUCCCAGAAGAACGCUCAGGGCCACCUUCACCGCAGGGCCGAGAGCGCCGCCGUCUGUACAGGCAAAGACGGAAAAGGCGAGUCGCCGACAACCAAGAGGAAACGAGUGAAGUUCACCACCUUUACGACCAUCCCCGUGGAAAGCGUCUGCGCGGCCAGUGAUGCGCUGGGGGAGGGGCCCAACCAGGACAUAAAGUGGGUGUGUCAGGACGUGGAGCUGGGCGACUCCAAAGACCUUCAGAACUACAUGGAGCGGCUCAGCGACGUGGCGUAGCGCACGCGGGGGCGGCGUGAGCUACCUGCCCAACUCACCCUCAUGCCUUCCACGGGAACAGAGUCCACGCAGGGGCCGCAUCCAUCCCGACACCUCUGAUUGGCUGACGAAACACGAGGGGGUGUGGGGGUGCUCUGACCACCAGAGGACAUCAGCGUGAACUCACGACAGACAGAUUUUAAAAGACAAAUAUCAGUAAAUACAGACGUGUUUGUUUUGUUUUGUUUUUUGUUUUUUUUUACUUUUGUUCAUUUAUAUCUCUACGUUACGUUACGUUCUUACUCUCUGUUCAUUUUUAAUGACUUUACUUUAGCGACUUUUGUAGUUACAAAACAGGAAAAGACGUGAGAGUUACCAAGCGUCACACUUGCUCUGCACGUGUGUUCGAGGCUACAGAAGAGCACGCAGGCGGUAGACCCAGUCCUGGGUUAUCCAUGCGUACUGAACCGUUGUAAAUAAAGUGCACAUAGAAUUGUUUUG